GUCGAGGAAACACUCAUGAAUGAAGGACUCUAUUCAAGACAACUUGGACGGUUGAUAUUUUGUUUUCUUUUGCAGCACGUCGAGGCUCUUGAGAUUCUCCUUCAAGGGCUAUGUGGUGUUCAGAGAGAACGAUUAAGAAUCCAUGAAUUAUGCCUCAAAAAUGGUCCACAUUUGGGCCCAGUAUCCUCAGAGGUUCGACUUUUAUGUGAUCUAGAGCAAACUGAACCCUCAUGGGCUGUUAGACAUGUAGGUGGUGCAAUGAGGGGUGCUGGUGCUGACCAAAUUUCAGUUCUGGUUAGGACAAUGGUGGAAAGCAAAGUGAGCAAGAAUGUGCUUCGUAUGUUCUAUACACUAGGGUACAAGUUAGACCAUGAGCUGUUGAGGGUGGGGUUUUCCUUCAAGUUCAAAAGGGGGGCACAAAUCACUGUGAGGGUUUCAUCAGUCAAUAAAAUGCUGAAGCUGCACGCGACUGACGAGGCCGUGCCAGUAACACCUGGCAUACAGAUGGUUGAAGUAACAGCGCCUGCUUCUGAUGAAAACUAUGCUGAAGUUGCUGCUGCCGUGCAAUCCUUUUGUGAAUACCUUGCUCCGCUUCUCCAUCUGUCCAAACCAGGCGUUUCAACUGGUGUGGUUCCUACUGCUGCAGCUGCUGCUGCAUCUCUAAUGUCUGAUGGCGGCGGUACACCUCUGUAGUGGUCCAGUAAUGUUAAUGUAUGCAAUGUUUUACAACUUAGAGAGUUUACCUCAACUUGUUUUUACCAAGGUAAACUCGUACGAUGAAAUAAAACUAUUAGUAUAAAAGUUAAAUCAUUAUAUUUCAGUACAUAAUUUCUUUGCCCAAUGUUAUCCAACUAAUUUGUCUAAUGCAUCAUAGGCAAAACAAGAUAUAAUUUGGACGACCAGUCAUUGCAUAGCAAUUCUUGAUCUCUUAGCUGUUUCACGCUAACUUCUAAUAUUAGAAUGACUGACUUUGGCCGUGUAUAUUUUGUUGUUAAUGCAUCAUGAUUGGGAAAUGUUGUUCUAGUUGUAACUUUGUUAUUUUGUAGUAUCACAACAACUUUGUUACAUUGAAUGUUAUAUAGAAUGUAUUUGUUUUGUUACAAUGCAA